AUGGAGUCGCCGCACCCCGACGAGCGCCCGCUGAAGAAGCGCAGGUUCUUCGAGGAGGACUCUUCGCCCGCCGCGAUUGCAGCGCCGUCGGCACUGCACGAUUCGUUUGACAGUGCCCCGAGCCUGCCUGAUGUGUCCCUCGGCAAUGCGGACCAGGGCAGCGGCUUGGAGGGCUUCGAUGUCGCCAUGCUCCAGGCUGUCGUGGGCGAGCUGCCGCAUGCGAGUCUGCUGAGGCUCAAGGAUGCGAGCGGCAGCGAUGUGCAGCGUGCUAUCAAUCUGUACCUCGACGGCUCGUGGAGCUCUGCACCUUCAUACGCCGCUCCCGCCGCACCGCAGCCUCGGGCGCCCGCCGUGCAGCAAACCCUCGCGGCCGCCCUCCGACGGAACGACUCCGAAGCCUCCGUUGCGUCGACGCCGGACUCCGGCUCCUCGACCCCAAUCGCACCCAUACUCGAGCAGAUGCCCGGGAAGCGCUAUGUCGGCUCCUUUGGCGUGACGGGCUGGGCUACCAAGAGCGGGAGUGGUCUGCUCAAGCACGAGGAGCAAGUCAGCAUAGAGCGGCAAAAGGAUAUGCCCAAGGUGAAGAAGGGCAUCAAGCGCGUCGUCGGUCUCAAGAAGGUCGACGUCAUCGUCCGCUUCGUCAACAGCCGCGGAGAGGAAGUAGGGCGGCUGGAAAAUGAGUCUGCUACGUGGAUAUCCGCACUGCUCGACCAGAAGGUCUGCACCUUCCAGGGCACCGUUGUGUACACGCCAGACAGACUCAGAACGGGCGACAAUGUCUUUCUGCAGCUCCGCGCUUUCUUCCUACGCAGCGCAUUCGACAGCAGAAAGUUUGUCAAGCCCGAGGAUAACCGCGAGGUGAACUUGUUCGAAGAGAAGGAGAGCUCCGACGAGCGCGAUCUGCGGCGCCGGCAGGUUGCCUUGGUAAAGCUGUUUGAAGCCAUCAACCUGGAGCCAACGCGCCAGAACGCGACGACAGCAAAGCACAAGCGCCAGGGCCUGCUGCAGGCGGCAGAAAGAGAGGAAGAAAAAGAGAAGCCCAAGCCCAAGAACGGAAGCGCUCCUGAACCGGGCUCAUCGCCGCCGUCAGAAGAAGCCGAGGACGGAGAAGAGCUAGAGCAAGAUCAGUUGGAUGCGCUCUACAGGAAAGCCCAGUCCUUCGACUUCAACACCCCCGAGAUGCAACCCGCCGAUACUUUUGUCAUGGAUCUGCGCAAGUAUCAAAAGCAGGCCCUCCAUUGGAUGGUUGGGAAGGAGCGCGACGAAGCGCGCAAUGACACGGAAGAGUCGAUGCAUCCUCUUUGGGAAGAGUAUGCGUGGCCGACACAGGAUGCGGACAACCAAGCCAUGCCCGUCAUCGAGGACCAAAACAUGUUCUAUGUGAACCCUUAUUCCGGCCAGCUCUCGCUUGAGUUCCCGAAGCAGGAGCAGAACUGCCUGGGCGGUGUUUUGGCAGACGAAAUGGGUCUCGGAAAGACGAUUGAGAUGCUGAGCUUGAUCCACACCAACCGGAAUCAGAUCCCCAAGAGCGAUCCUUCCGUUCCCAAGAGCCUGCCCCGACUUCCAAAGAGCAGUACCGUCGUCGAGCCUGCACCAUACACCACGCUCGUCAUAGCACCCAUGUCGCUUCUGGCGCAGUGGCAGAGUGAAGCUGAAAAGGCUUCCAAGGAAGGAACGCUCAAAGUCAUGCUCUACUAUGGGACAGAAAAGGCUGUCAACCUCCAGAAGCUCUGUUCUGCGUCCAACGGCGCAAACGCUCCCAACGUCAUCAUCACAAGCUAUGGUACUGUCCUGGCUGAGUAUGGCCAAGUGGCGAAGCAAGAUGGAAACGUCGGCUCCCACGGUGGCAUAUUUUCGCUCGACUACUUCCGCAUCAUCCUCGACGAGGCACAUUACAUCAAGAAUCGGCAAUCGAAAACCGCAAAAGCCUGCUAUGAGCUCACGGCGAAGCAUCGGUGGGUCCUUACGGGCACACCCAUUGUCAACCGCCUGGAAGAUCUGUUCAGUCUCGUGCGCUUCCUGAAAGUGGAGCCGUGGGCCAACUUUUCCUUCUGGAAGACCUUCAUCACCGUUCCUUUCGAAUCAGGAGAAUUCAUUCGCGCGCUUGACGUUGUCCAGACCGUGCUGGAACCGCUCGUCCUCCGACGUACAAAAGAUAUGAAGACCCCAGACGGCGAAGCCCUCGUGCCACUGCCCAAGCGGACGAUUGAAGUCGAGGAGAUCACGCUCUCCGAGGACGAGCGCAACGUGUACGACCACAUCUACCUCCACGCGCGAUCCGUCUUCAACGCCAAUGCAGAGAAGGGAACGCUGCUCAAGCAGUACACGACCAUCUUUGCGCAAAUCCUGCGGCUGCGGCAGUCGUGCUGCCAUCCUGUACUCACCAGGAAAGCGCACCUGGUUGCUGACGAGGAAGACGCGGCAUUAGCAUCCGAUGUCGCCAACGGACUCGCCGACGACAUGGACCUCGACAGCCUCAUCGAACGCUUCACCAGCGAGGGAGAUGAGGACGUCAAUCGAUAUGGCGCCACCGUGCUCAAGCAGAUCCAGGACGAGGCUGAAUCGGAGUGUCCGAUCUGCUCCGAGGAGCCCAUGAACGAGCAGGCCGUCACCAGCUGCUGGCACUCCGCGUGCAAGGAGUGCCUCGUAAACUACAUCAACCACCAGCGCGACAAGGGCGAUCUACCGCGCUGCUUCAACUGCCGCGAACCCGUCAACACGCGCGAUGUCUUCGAGGUCGUCCGCCACGACCACGACUCCUCGGACGCACCCGCUCCUGUACAGACGCCAAAAGUCAGCCUACGCCGCAUCGGCCUCAGCGGCUCCGCCAAGACGCAGGCCCUCCUCACACAUCUGAAAGGCAUCCGCAAGCUCGACAAGGGCAUGAAGAGUGUGGUCUUCUCGCAGUUUACCUCCUUCCUAGACCUCAUCGAGCCCGCGCUCGCGCGUGACCACAUCCCCUUCCUGCGCUUCGACGGCUCCAUGAACCAGAAGCUGCGCGCCACCACGCUCACAGAGUUUAACACCUCGCCUAAACCCUACGUCCUCCUUUUGUCUCUGCGCGCCGGCGGCGUAGGCCUCAACCUCACCUGCGCAAAGCGCGUGUUCAUGAUGGACCCGUGGUGGAGCUUUGCGGUCGAGGCGCAGGCGAUUGACCGCGUGCAUCGGAUGGGGCAGGAUUCCGAGGUCAAAGUCACGCGGUUCGUGGUGAAGGGCAGUAUCGAGGAAAAGAUGUUGCGCAUCCAGGAGCGGAAGAAGUUUCUGGCGAGCAGUCUGGGGAUGAUGAGUGAGGAGGAGAAGAAGGCGAAUCGGAUUGAGGAUAUCAAGGAGUUGUUAUCUUAA